GAUAAGUAAUUUUAUUCUUUUUAUUCGUUAAUGCCAUCUGAUCCCAUCGGAGAGCUGAACGGAGAAUCAUCGCUCGUCGGAGAAGAGCAGAGGGGAAAGCAGCAACCUUUUUCUGUAUGAUGAGCAUAUGUUCGUCUCUGGUCGGUAGAUUCUCACCGCUAGUACCUCAACCCUCUAACCUCCCAUGGACCACCCGCCCUUCGAGCCGUCCAUUUCUCCUUAAAUCUCUGCCCACCAACUUUCCCGGAGCGCUCCAGAAGGAGCAGCAGCUCAGUAAUCUUGCUGUCGAGAGCCCGGUAAUCGAGACCCAAGAAGAGGAGGGAGGUGAUGCCCACGAAGCUCUGAGUGAAGUUCCGACUACCCAAUUGGAAGAAUACCCUGCAAGUCCGCCGAGCAGCCGGAAGAAGGGGGAGGAAGUCGAUGACAACUUCGAGGACAGGUUCAAGCUUAGGAAUGGACGAGAGGUGUUCGAGGAAAAAACUUAUCUUGUUGGGGUGGAGCGUAAGGGUGACACUGAGGACUCCUUUGGCAUAGAGGAGUCGCUCAAGGAGUUGGCCCAGCUUGCUGAUACCGCGGGACUUACAGUCGUCGGUUCUUCUAAGCAAAAGCUAUCUUCUCCAAACCCGAGGACAUAUAUUGGGUCAGGCAAGGUUGCAGAAAUCAAGACUGCAAUUCAUGCUUUGGAUGUUGAGACUGUUAUAUUUGAUGAUGAGCUUUUGCCCGGGCAGUUGCGCAAUUUGGAGAAGUCUUUUGGUGGAGAUGUUAGAGUUUGUGAUCGCACUGCCCUUAUCUUGGACAUAUUUAACCAGAGGGCAGCAACACAUGAAGCAGCACUACAGGUUGCACUGGCGCAAAUGGAGUACCAGUUACCACGAUUAACCAAAAUGUGGUCUCACCUGGAACGACAAGCUGGAGGCAAAGUAAAGGGUAUGGGUGAAAAACAAAUUGAAGUGGACAAGCGUAUAUUACGUACACAAAUUGGGGUUCUCAAGAAGGAGCUGGAAUCUGUUAGAAAACACAGAAAGCAGUAUCGUAAUCGACGGACCUCUGUACCAGUGCCUGUUGUAUCUCUAGUUGGUUAUACCAAUGCUGGAAAGAGUACAUUGUUGAAUCACUUGACCGGGGCGGAUGUUCUUGCAGAAGAUAAGCUGUUUGCAACCCUUGACCCAACUACGAGAAGGGUACAGAUGAAAAAUGGGAGGGAAUUUCUUCUAACAGAUACAGUCGGUUUCAUCCAAAAGUUACCGACUAUGCUGGUUGCUGCCUUUAGAGCAACUUUGGAGGAGAUAUCGGAGUCAUCGCUUUUGGUCCAUGUUGUGGACAUCAGCCAUCCUCUAGCAGAGCAGCAGAUUGAUGCAGUGGACAAAGUUCUAUCUGAGCUUGAUGUAUCUUCAAUCCCAAAGCUGAAGGUCUGGAACAAGGUCGAUAGAGCUAAUAAUCCUCAAGAAAUUAGGAAUGAAGCAAAAAAGAGGGAAGAUGUGGUUUGCAUAUCUGCUUUAACUGGCGAGGGUUUACAAGAAUUUUGUGAGGCCGUUCAGGAAAAACUGAAGGAUUCAAUGGUCUGGGUAGAAGCCCUGGUUCCGUUCGACAAAGGAGAGCUACUGAGCACUAUUCAUCAGGUCGGUAUGGUAGAGAAAAUGGAAUAUACAGAAAAUGGGACAUUAGUCGAGGCACAUGUUCCUCUAAAGUUUGCAAGACUUCUUACACCCAUGAGGCAUCUAUGCACAUCGUAGCUCUUCCAAUGACUGUAAUUGUCUCCUGAUUCUCUUGCCGAAGAGUUUGUUGCAUUUUUAGAGAGAGGGAGAUCGAGUUCCAUAUUGAGUGGUUGAAGACUUGUACAGUAUUAAUUAGGUAUUUGACUCAAGCUGGAGUCCCUUCGACACUUCGGACAGAAGGAAUAUAUAUGUAUAUAUAUGAGUUACCUCUAGAGUACAUCUGGUGUAGUUCUUCUCUUGAAUGGAAAUUACCAUGUAAAUGGAACGCGGUCGUGUGAUGACUACUUGUCUUC